UGAUAAGUGAUAACAUUACGCCUGCUGUUAGUGCUGUAUAGUGUAUACCAUGUGCUAUAUAGUUAUUAGUUUAAUAAUUUAAUUGUAAAUUGUAAUUUGUAAACACUACUCAGUUUGCAUUUAGUUUUUAUUAUGAAGAAGAAAGGGCCUUUUAUAAAAAAUGGAGACUCUAAAAAAGUUAAUAAUCGUCGUGGAAGACUCAUUAUCCGAAAUCUUCCAUUCACUACAAAUGAAGAACAACUGCAAGAACAUUUUUCCAAGUUUGGCGAAUUAAAUGAUGUUAAACUACUGAAAAAACCUGAUGGAAAACUCAUUGGUUGUGGAUUCGUACAGUUUGUUGUUAAACAAAAUGCAGCUAAAGCUAUUGCUCAUACUAGUGGCAAAGAUUUUUUGGGUCGUUCGAUUGUAGUCGAUUGGGCUAUACCAAAGUGUAAAUAUGAAACCAUCCACAAGCCAGCAGUUGAAGCUAAAAACACCAUAAAAGAAGAAGUGGAAAUCAAAGAAGAAACCUUAUCAAGUGACGAUAAUGAUGAUGAAAAAAAAGAAGAAAUCCAUAAAUCUAAAACUCUUGAAGAUUAUCUUGCUAUUGAACCACAAAACGAUGUUAAAGAGGAAAAUUUAGUUGAUUUUGAAGAAGGAGAUUUAGAGAAUGACACUAGUUUAAAAAGAAAGAACACUGAGGAUAAUGAAUCUGUGACAACUACUGAAAAUAAAAAAAGGUUCAAGUCACAUGAUGUCAAAGAAGGGUUGACGGUAUUUUUAAGAAAUGUUUCAUUCAGUGUAAACAAUGAUGAAUUGAAGCGUUUCUUAAAAGAAAAAUUUGGACCAAUAUAUUAUGCUCUCGUUUGCAUAGAUCGAUUGACAGAACAUUCUAAAGGAACCGCUUUUGUUAAAUUUAGAGAUACUAAUAGUGUCGAAGCAUGUAUGUCUGCUAGCCCUGAAGAUUUGACGUUAAAUGGAUCGACAAUGGAACCUCAGAUGGCCAUCGAUAAAGACGUUUUGGAAAAAUCAAAACAUGAGAAAUUCACACACAAAGAUAACAGAAAUUUGUAUCUUAUUAAAGAAGGAGUCAUAAUUGCCGGUACUGCUGCUGCUAAUGGUGUGUCGGUGAGCGAUAUGAACAAACGCCUAGAACUAGAACAAUGGAAGUCUCAAGUUCUAAAAAAUUUAAAUAUGUUUGUCGCUCGCAACAGGCUUAUUGUGCAUAACUUACCGGCAAGUAUGGAUAAUAAAAAUCUUAAAGAUUUGUUCAUAAAACAUUCUCAUCCGAAAGCGGUUUUAAAAGCUGUAGUUAUGAAAAAUCUAAAAAAAAUUGAUGCUAAAGAAAAUCCUGUCUCUAAAGAGUAUGGAUUUGUUACAUUUAAAGAGCACGAAGAUGCUUUAAAAGCACUAAGAGCAAUCAAUAAUAAUCCAAAUAUUUUUCACCCAAACAAGAGGCCAAUUGUAGCUUUUUCUAUUGAAAAUAGAUUAGUAUUGCAAGCAAGACAAAGAAGAAUAGACAAAAGUAAAAUGUGUAAUGUUUUAAAUAAUAAGAAACAUGACCAAGUUAUAAAAAAUAAAAAUGAAAAAAUUGAUCACAAAAAUAAAAAACAAAAUUUUGUCGACAAAAAAGCAACAAAAAGUGACCUUCCUAACUACUCUGGUAUUACUGCUAGACAAGGUCAUAUGGCCAUUCGCCCCAAGUUCAAGUUAAAGAUACAAUCCGAAGCUCAUGAAAAAAAUGUUAGAACCAAAAAGAAAUUAACUAUGAAGAAGAAGCAACAACUGUCUAUAAGAAAUGAAAAGAAAAGAGAACCCAAGAUUAAAAGUAAAAAGAAGAACGUGGGUAAACAAGAUGUUUCAUUUACAAAUUUAGUUAAUAAAUAUAAAUCCAAGAUUAGUGCACCGGAAACUUUGAAAAAAUGGUACGAAACCAAAUAGUACAUAAUAUGUUUUUUUUCUGUUAAUGUAUUCACUAUAAUAUAUUCAAAUUUAACUGUUUUGAA